CAAUCAUCAAUUGUUUAUGCGGAAGUAGACCAUGUGUUGUUGAUGCCCGGAGCUAAUGCUAGCUUGGUGAAUAUUCACUUCAAUUGGCAAAUGUUUCAUUUAUAAGUUGGGGUUUAUUGUGUCAUUAAAGUGAAAUAUAUCUGAUUCGAUUCGUUACUAGCUUCCAAACCCCACAUUGAGCAGAGUGAAAUGGACAAGGAUGACGGGUUGGUCAAGGCAAAUCAAAGUAAAACUCUGCUUGUGCGGCACCUACCGUCCGAGCUGGGUCCAGAGGAGAAGGAGGAUCUACUCAAGUACUUCGGAGCCUCCUCAGUCAGGGUUUUCUCAGACAAAGGCUCACUGAAACAUGCUGCAUAUGCAACCUUCGGCAGUGAGAAGUCUGCAGCAAAGGCCCUGAACCGGCUCCACCAGCUGCAGAUCCUCAGUCACACACUUGUUGUGGAGUUUGCCAAGGGCCAAGACCAGAUCACUGUGUUAAAAGACCCACCAGUAUCGGGAAGAGCUACAGGUGACGAUGAGGAGAAGAAGAAACAGCCAAGCAUACCCCUCAUAGAGAUCGGAGUGGCACCUGGCCUUGGGUUGAAAUUUCAAAGAAGUCCCAGUUUGAAAUAUUUAUACCCACCCCCAUCAAAUGCAAUCCUUGCAAAUAUAAUGCAUGCCCUCCUGAGUGUGCCAAAGUUUUAUGUUCAGGUUCUUCAUCUGAUGAACAAGAUGAAUUUGCCAUGUCCCUUUGGACCUGUGACACCCCGGCCCCCUGUGUACGACCUGGCGCCCGGCCCCAUGCCGCCACCCUUCCCCCCCGACUUCCCCCCCCUACCCCAGGAGGACAUGGACCUGUCCAGCGAGCCCGAGUCAGAGUACGACAGCGGAGAUGACGACGAGAACAAAGAGAGGGUUGCCCGACUGAUGGGUCUGGUCAACCAGGCGUGCAAAAGGCCCCUGCGAACCAAAGGGACUUCCAAGAGGAAGAAGCCCAGGAUCCAGCACCUACUCUCUGCUCCCCCCAAAGCAGACCCCCAUAGCGCUCCAGGCCCCGUGCUGAACCCCUCGGACGUGUUCGAGCAACCCCAGCCUGCAGGGCCCAAGAAAAUCGAGUUCCACAUCUCGGUGCCUGAAGUGGCGGCCAUACUGGACGGAGGGGCCCCGGGGCCCGCGGUGGGACCGGCCCCGGACAGUGCAGAAGGACUGGAGCGGGAGACGACGGGGGGCAUUGAGGAAGAGGAGGAGGCCGAAGGCUUUGGUAAGCUGUACCCCAGCGGCCCGGCUUCGCAAGAGCAGGAGCAGGACAGCCAGGAUGAGGAAGACCUUCCCUCCCACCUCAUCUCCAGGAGGGAGCUGGAGAAAGGCCGGCUGUCUAGAGAUGAGAUUAAAAGGAUGUCUGUGUUUAAGAACUAUGAGGCGGGCGAGCCGACGUGCCGACUGUACGUGAAGAAUAUCGCUAAGCAAGUGGAGGAGAAAGACCUGAAGUUCAUCUAUGGGAGAUACAUUGACCCUUCAUCAGAAGCAGAAAGGAACAUGUUUGACAUCGUGUUAAUGAAGGAGGGCCGUAUGAAGGGCCAGGCCUUCGUGGGGCUCCCCAGUGAGCGCUGCGCUGAGAAGGCCCUGCGGGACACCAACGGCUACGUCCUCCAUGACAGGCCCCUCGUCGUGCAAUUUGCCAGGUCUGCUAAACCCAAAGCAGAUGUUCCCGACUCAAAGAAGGGAUCCAGGCCACGGUGAAUACAGCAGAUGGCAAGCCUCGAUAUUGUGGCCCUGCAGCAUCGUUUGUAUCCUUAUUCUGGCAUAUCCUUUGGAAGUAAUGGUUAUCACUGGCUCAUUACAUGAAUCAUGGUUGUAAUGUAUUGAGGACAUCUCAGUAUAUUCAACAUUAAAUGCUGUUCUGCACAGGAAUACCAGUAUUUGUUAAGCUGAACCUGUAUUCUACCCCAUGGUGACUCGAUCAUUAUGCACUGCAAUACAUUUUACUAAUGGUCAGAAAGAGAUUGAAGCCCAGUGUGUUUCUCUCUUCUUUGCAAAUUUUGCAAAACUCUUCCUAAAGCCUUGCUUCACAAUACCCUCUAUCCUAUCUGAUUUAUAUCACAGGUGACGCAAACCAGUGGAGGUGAAGACCUAAUUUUAAUGUUCCUGAAUUUGAAUAAAAAUAUUUUUGUUCAAACGACUGUCUAUUGGUGAAUGAUUUGCACAUUUCUCACAACGCUGGAAAAACAAACUUAUGUUGAGCAGUUGAGUGAAUAUCUUUAUCGUCACUGAUCAUAAGCCUCGCAGCCGAGGAACUUGAAAAAGUUCAGACUUCAGCCAAGUAAAUAAAGAGAGGGAAGGUAUAUGGGAACUGGAUUAAAUCGGCAGCAGAUGGUUGGGUGUCAACAUUGAAAAAGGAAAAAAACAAAAACUUACUGCAGCGACGGCAAACAUACUGAUGUCUGGUCUGCCAGAAAUUGCCAGAGCUGGGUUAGCUUACCUGUACUGUAUAAUAUCUGGCUGUCCCAAUCUGUGUGAUUAUCAAAGAUGGAGUAGAGUAAAGAGAAGAGGAGGGGGAGGGAAAUUAAAUCUGUUUCGGCUCUUUCUGGUCAACAAGCGUUACUGCAAACCUAUUUGGUGCCUGAAUAAAUUUGAAUACUUUGUUGAUUAGUGUUCAAUUCUGAUGGUGGGUUUGGUGUCCAACUGUAAAAGUAGUGAUUUUAUAUGUAAUUUGUUGAAUCAUUUGGCAUGGACAUUGAGAUCAAAUUCAUUGGGGUUCAUCAUAAGGCGGUAUAGCCUUUAUGAGAGAUGAAAUGUUGUUUUUGAAUAUUUGAGCACUGGUCAUGCUUCUCGUCGAGUGAACUAAUGCUUUUGACGUUUACCUCCAAACAUUUUAAAAUUGGUUGUUGAGACCACCACUCAACACGGGUUGGUCAGUACUCAGUACAGGUUGUGAGAUUGGCAUUAGUCAGUUUUCUCCAAGUAAGAUCUCAUGAAGUAGUAAAUGUUAAAAUGCAGUCGUGCUGCGCCUGGAAUAGACUUGUGAAUAACUUGAUGUGGGUAUUAGUAUUUGUUAAAUUUGAACCAUUUAUAUCAUUAACUUCAUUUUCGAGAAGGCCAAUAACGACAGAUUAGAGUUUUUGCAAAUACCAAGCUCACGGAUCACAGUGACCUGAGACAUUACAUUAAUUGCAUGAACUCCCCUUGAGCUCAGCUCUGGUGAACCUUCAGGUGAGCCUCCAUGCAGACGUGGUCAUUAAUCACAUGUUCUCAUCUGGUGCGCCGGAGCCAUUUGCGCCACCCUCGACUCAUACUUCAACGCCAG